AUGCCAAGGUCUAAACGUUCUAAGCUGGUUACUCUCGCUCAAACCGAUAAAAAAGGCAGAGAAAACAAAGAGCGCAUCUUCGAUGAAAUCCGUGAGGGUUUAGACUCAUUCAGAUUUGUGUGGGUGCUUCAUUUGGAUGAUGUACGUACCCCUGUUCUCCAAGAGAUUCGUUCAGCGUGGACAGGAUCAAAGCUCAUCAUGGGCAAGCGGAAGGUUUUGGAAAAGGCUCUCGGUCAGAAACGAGAGGAUGAGUAUAAAGAAAACUUAUCCAAACUCACGAAGCACUGCACUGGUGUAACGGGCCUAUUAUUCACCGAUGAGGAACCCCAGGUUGUCAAGGACUACUUCGAGUCAUAUGUGAGGGCAGAUUACUCCAGGCCCAAAUCUAAAGCUCCGUUGACGUUCGAGAUACCGGCUGGUAUUGUUUACUCGCGUGGUGGGCAGAUUCCCAUCCAAGACGACGUUGUGAUGGUGCACUCGCUCGAGCCCACCAUGAGGAACAAGUAUAAGAUUCCCACCAAAAUCAAGAGUGGUAAAAUUACCAUAGAGAGCCCUUAUCUAGUUUGCGAAAAGGGCCAAACCUUAGACGUGCGUCAAGCGCUAAUUCUCAAACAAUUUGGCAUUGCUGCAGCUGAGUUUAAAGUCAAGGUCGCUGCGUACUUUGACAACGAGAGCACUGCCGUUGAAAAGGUCAAUAUAAACAUGGAAUCUGCAUAA